AUGCCAGUUCUCAGUCUGUUGGCUUGUCUUCAGCAAUGCCCAGAGAUCGUACAGCACCUUUCCAUUGACUCACUUCUCCUUCUGUUUCGUCUACUACAGUGCCUCAAAGAGCGGCUGUCAUGGUUCUCGCCAUGCACGGAUAGCGAGCCCCCAUUGAAUUUGCCCUCCGAUGUCAAGAAAUUCCUGGCUAGCGCUCUGCAUAUGUCAUGCGAGUUACCAGAUGGUGCACUCAUCGACCGGUGCUGGAGCGCGCUUCGUAAAUCUGUUUGGGCGAGUACUAGCAGUACUUUUGCUGAGCAGUGUCGCUCUAAGGAGCUUCUCGAUGUCUUCGCGAAGCAUGGAAUCCCUCAAGGAAUAGGCUUCCAUGAUCUAUACCCACGCACCCGGGUCUGUCUUGACUCGAACUGCAAAAUUGUUCCGAGCCAUCAACCCAGUGAAGGAACAAGUCCUGACGAAUCGCGCAAACUGACUCGGCUUGUUCCAUUGCAUUGUGUCAAUUUCACUCGGGAGUUCGGACCUAUCCCAGUUGUCGCAUACUCUGCCCAAUGCCGGUCUUGUUUUACUCGGUACUACCCGGACUACUAUGUCCACGAGCGCCGUGGCCUUCGAUCUUACUACCCUGGAGUCCCACCAUCAAUUGAGGUCGCAAAACACACAUAUAUCGAGGCUACACUUUGCGAGCAGUUUUCGGCUUCUAUGGUCUUUGCUUGGGUCUCGGGACAGAACAAUGCGAAGAUUUACCAGGAACAACACUGGGAAGCUGAAGCUGAAUUCCCUCUCGUAUGGCCUGUUGUGCCGAGACUCGACGGACCGAUGGUAUCCGAUGCGUUCUUCCUUUUUGCACUCCUACGCGACCAUGAUGAGCACGAAACUCUUCUUGUCCUUCAAAACGAUACCAACCAAUCGAUACGACUCAGCAGUGCUUUGUUGCAGCGGAAUACGGCAAUGGUUGGCCCUGGUCAAGAGCAAUGGAAUCACAUCUGUGAUCGCUGCUGUGCCCAAAAGGUGGAUGGUGAUACGAUGCGAGCAGUUGUCACAGAUGGUGUUACAGUUGGUCGGCCAUGUUGUGGGGUUCACGACUGCAAGGGACGACUCCUCUCCCAGCGAGCCCGCUUCUGUGACACCCACAUCAAUUACGAGCGUCAAUGUAGCAUCCUUGGGUGCGAGAACGAUGCAGAGUCGGGCUUCAAGACAUGCACUACCGAGUCCCAUCGUGCAAUCGAAACCGCCCACACCACGAAGCGAUCUGCGCUGUUUCAGCUGCGGCAGCGGCUGGAGCGAGUUGGGCAGCGGCAGCCGAGUAACCCCAACGGCAGCUCUGACGACGAUCCUAUGCUCGAUGAUGAACUUGAUAUGGAUGAAGAGGGUGGUACCGGCGCCAGCACACAGAGCAGCCCAAAGGUCCGCGCUCGCUUUGGCCGGCGGUGGACUCACAACGAGCAGCUUUGUGUUGCAACUUGUGGGGUGGUCCUUGGCCGGAUGACAAUGUAUGGCUCAGAAGCAGUAAGCGGGGUCAAAGUAUUUCUGCGCCGCUUAUUCCCAACCCAGCACUCGCUUCCCCGUGUCAUCUUCUACGAUAGCGCCUGCCAGCUCAAGAAGCAUCUACUGGCCAGCGGUGACACAUACUUUGACAAUUCAGCACUGCCUGUAGAUGUCUUCCACAUGAAGAGCAAGCACAAGGAGUCCGACGAGUUUUGUGGGUUUCACUGCAAUCCUGCACGGUGGCCUGAAUUGCAUGACGGAGGGGUAUGGCGAUUCAAUUCCUCAGCAGCAGAGAUGACCAAUGCUUGGUUUGGUGGGUUUAUUUCAAUAGUGCGGGAGAUGCGCGAGGAUCGCUAUGAUUUCUUCCUUGAUGAAGUCAUCAAACAGCGAAACUGCCGCACCAUUCACGAGCUUGCCCUUCAUGGCGCGCAUCCCCGCAAGCUAGAGCGGUCUUGGCUGUUAGCAGAGCAGUAG